CGAUUCUAUGGCAGUUCUAGUUUUUUUUCUACCUUUUUCGAAGGAAGCGUCUUUCAAACACGACAAAGGCAACCAGCUUUUGCUAAACAACUGUAGCAUCGGGCGCUCGCUUGUCUUCGACCUUUUGUUUUCAGCGUUUGUUGGAUCUUCGGAGCCGACGAUCCUGGCACCACUCUUGUGUGUUUCUCGUUUUCCUUUGCAUGUUCUUUGCCCCCAGUUGCAGUUUUGCAUCCUUCCAAAAAUGCCUUUCAUCCGCACUAUCUCGAGGUGGUUCUGUAGCAACAGCGGAAAUGACACCGGAGGCGCAGCGCUUGUGAAUGCAGCAAAUGCAUCAACAACCGCUCAGAAACCUGACUCGCAGGGCCCGACCAGCACCGCAGACACCGCUACUGCUGUCGCACUGAACGGAAAUCAGCCACCAGAGCCGCAGUGGCCAAGAGGAUCUUGCUGCAACGGGGAUACUGGUCGCGACGAUGAAAAUGAGGACCUGGCUAUCGUAGAAGUGAAGACACAUCACGGCAUGAUGUCGACCCUUGAUUCGAAAUCGAAGGACGGACGAGCUGGUCGUGACAUGGCAUCAUCGUCGACUUCUGCGCCUUUCCAGAACAACGCCAGUUACAACCGCCAUUCCUACGGCGGAACGAACGCUGACGACCUGGAAUCAGAUACGACAGAAGCUACUAGAAAUGAUCUACCGUUUGUUUCCGCGACCAGCAGCCGAAGUACAUCCAAGCGGAAACAAAACCCGCUGCCCUCUUGGGAUUCCCUUGGGCCGCGGGAUCGAAUGAAGAUGCAGCAAACGUUGGAUGAGUUGGUGGUGAAGUUUUUAGCGGAGAUGAAGAAGGGGAAGGUAAUCGAAAGAAUGUUUCUGGUUUUGAUUUAACCUGCCCAAAGCUACACCUGAAGUAAGAGAAAAAAGUAGGUCAUCACUUCGAUCAUGUGCUUAAACUAAAGCAAUCAUCUUCAUCAUCUGGUGUUCUACAGGUGUUAAUGAAAGUCGGGCGCAACGGGAAGAUGUUUUACCGCUGGUGCUACGUGAUGCGGGAAGACGACCGGUUUUUCUUCGUGAUGAACGUCAAGGGCCAGUUAGUGGAGUACCCAUUUGAGCACAUUCUGCACGUGCGGUUCGGGUUCGAUUUUUCGGAUUUUUUUCAACUUCCUGUGGCAAUUCCGAGUGAGAAUCUGUCCGCGGUGAUGAUUUUGCGCGACAACCGGAGGCUGAAUUUGGUGUUUCAAAAUGUGGAAGAACAGGAGGAAUUUGUUACGUGCAUGCUGAUGUUGAUUGCGAAAGUGAAGGCAACAUUGACAUCAACGAGCGGGCAAGGACGGGGAUUCAUCGCGGCAUGAAUUAUCAUACUUACUUAAAUAAUGAAGUAGUUGACGCUCCAAAGAAACAACAUGACGCAAUACGAACUAUGAAAACUCCGGCUGUACGGCGCAGGCGCAAGGAAAGCUAAGCGUAGACAUGUUUCGAAGAUGUGGGCGGGGGGGGAUGAAGGAUGUGGUCUACUGAUUGGGGGGGCAGGACCACGUGACCCGCGGACUUUUUCUUAGCGGUUCCGGGUCACCUUUGUAGUUGUAGUUCACGUCGUUGUCAUCACUUGUGUUUGAUGAAAGAGAGUGAGAACAUGAACAAGCAGCGAGGACCUGCGCACUUACCAAGGUGCGUCCAAUGAGUAAGUAAGUAGCUGCAGAAGUUGUGCUUCUGCCCGUGUUUGACGUCGUCAGUGAGGCCUUACUCAGCGAUGCCGCGGCCAGGCCAGCACCAGGACUCAUCCUAUCAUGUUUUCGUCGGUUAUUAAAGUGAAGUUGUUUUCAGUCAUAUUUAUCCCAGCUGCGGUUUUUUAGUGCACGCGCAGCGGUAGUUUGGAAGUAGC